CCCGUUGUCCAGAGAUGGGACACUAGAUGGGUAGGACUCUCAGUUGCUACAGAGAAUUCUUUUGCAAGUGUCCGGCUGGCAGGUCUUGCUGAUAUGCUCAGGGUUCAACUGACGGCCAUAUUUGGAGUCGGGAAGGAAUUUUUCCCUAGCUCACAUUGACAGAGACCCUGAUAGGUUUUUGCCUUCCUCUGCAGCAUGAGGCACGGUCACUUGCUGGUUUGAACUAGAGCAAAUGGUGGAUUCUCUGUAACUUGAAGUCUUUAAAUGAUUACUUGAGAACAUCAGUAACUAAGCCAGAGGUUAUGGAUUUAUUACGGGAGUGGGUGGUGAGGUUCAGCGUCUUAUGGUGUGCGGAAGGUCAGACUAGAUGAUCGCCAUGGAUGCUUCAGGCCUUAAUAUCUAAGUCUAAGGGCAUUUAGCAAGUCUGCAUCAGAGCUGAUAAAAUCCAGGUCUGUUGACUGUCAGUUUUGUGCUCUAAUUAGUAGAGACAUUUUUGGAAAACAAUGAACAGUGGAAAAGCAGAGAGAGAUUUUACAGAUUUUUCUUACUUGAACAGGAAACUGAAAUUCAUUUGCAUUUUCAGCCAAAUCUCCCAGCAUGUGCUUCUUGAAGGGUAUAUAUAUGAAGCAAAGGAAGAUACCUCCUCUCUUAAGAAAAAGCUCCAUAAAAAUAAAGUACUUGCUGUCUUCUGAAAUUCCUGCUUUCCAUUUCACCAAGGUCUCACUUAGGGAAAUAAAGCUUUUCCUCUUUGGAUAGGGCCUAAGAGAGAAGAGCACAAGUAUGACAAUGUGGCUGCCAGGUCUCAAUACAAAAAAGAAUUAGUAUCCAAGAGAAUUCUUCUGGCAGUGUGUCUAACUUUGCCUAGUUCUGUUGUGAGGAAAAUAGAAAUGUGAUGCACUGAAAGAGCAGAGUGCCUUUUUUUACACUGCAUACAAGGUUUUAGAGUAUUAUAAUAAUUUUUAUUGAUGGUAGAAUUCUCAGAUAAUUUACAGAUGUUACCCUUUUAAGGAUUAUGUUCCCAUGAAGAUUUAAAAUAUAUUAAUGUUGCAUUCUUAUUUAGCUUUCUUGAAUAUUAGUUUUGUGCAUCAUAAAAGUUGCAGCAUACUAUAUUUGGAGCUCUGUGAUCUCACAAGUGAAUAAUAUGACUUCAUUAAUAUGUAGUAAGAGCUUUUCUCUUCUGUUGUGUCCUGCACGUGAGGAUAUCAAAGCAUUAUACAAACAAUCAUUUAUUUUUGGAGCACCCUCUGAGGAAGUAGAUGGUAUUAGUAGGGAACUGGAGCCACAGAGAAGCUACAGGUUUAAUAAAUUGUCCACUAAUUUUGUUUGCCUCAAUUUUUGGCACCCUACUUGAAACAUUUUAAAGGGGUCUGAUUUUGAGGUUCGGAUCACCCACAGCUCUUAAUGACUAGGUGCAGUGGUGGGUGCUAAGCAUUUUUGUCAGACCCCAAUUGUUUCCAGCUGGGCAGCCAAAAUUAGUGGCUGCUUUUGAAAAUUUGGGCCUGAGGAAUCAUUGUCAGACUUGGGAAUUCUGUAGAACCAAGAACUCCUGAAUCUGUUCCUUGCUGUAACUACAGGAGACGCUCCCUCAACUUAAAAGUGUUAGAAAAAAUCCAUGAUGAGGAUGAAUUUGUGCCCAGUAUAUGAGAGAAAGAAACAAAUUGGAGUAAGUCCAUGGGUAUCUUUAUUAAUGUUUUGUUCUCUUUCCUUGCAGGAGAACCAUGUCCAUGACAAGCUGGUACCUCAUAGUUUGCUUCAGAAAGACUUUGUGCCUUUCCUGUUGAAUUUUUUAAGGGAACAGACUAGUCAGAUCUUGACCAAUGGGCCCUCUACCCCUGCUAAAACCCCAAAUUCUAAGGUCCUCAGGAGCUCAGCUAGCCAUGAGAGUCAAAAGACAGGGUCAGAAAGAAGGGCAGGCAACUCAGCAGGGUCAUGCAGCAGCCGAAUGCAGCUCUUUUCCCAGAGGACCCCUGCUAGCUCCUGUACCCCAGGUGCUAGUUUUCCCUCCUCUGCUGCAUCAAGUGGCUCUUCUGCCUUUACUGGGUCAAGCUUGUCUGGCCUCGGCAGUGAUUUCCCCAGCACCAGCCCAAGCUUUGGUUGCAGCCCUGUGUUCAACCACAGCGAGAAACGUUCAUCUCAGAAGGCCAGUUUGGGCAGCUUCCUUAUGCCCACACCAGAUGUCCAGCCAGUGAGGCGAGGAAGAAGAAAAGGCUACAAUUCUGCCAAUGCCGCUGGCCGGCAAGUAGCUCGGGACAUAGGGCGAAGCCUCACUGAAGAGGAGGAUGGGAAGGGUGACAGCACAUCGUUGAGUGGCGGGAGGAGGAAACGGAGUGAGGUGGGUCCUACCUCAGCCAAUUCCCCACCUGAUCAGCUGAACCUCAACAACUUGGAGGAGUUCCCACCCAUGAGUGCUGCUUCUGGCUUGACAAACAAAAGCAAGCCAUCAAGACGAAUCAACCCAACUCCAGUGAGUGCUGAGCGCUCCCACUCAAAACCUAAGAUGUGUUUCACUUCCACGCCAGUCAGCCAGUCUCCAGCUGCUCGGUUUCCAUCUGGGACCAGUCUUGAGACCUUUGCUGCCAUCCAGGAAGGGAACGUUACCUCCAUAACUGGGAGCAGCCUUCAAGAGGAGAGGGAGAUGCUGAAGAAAGAACGAUGCAAGUUGCUGCACCAAACAUCUUCUCCUGCAGGCCUGUCUCUGGAUCCCAGUACACCUACCAAGCCUAAUUACAGUUGGAGUGGAAGUCUUGCUACUGAUAGUCAGCUAGUGACCUGUGCAGAUCUCAGUAAAGUUUCCUGCAAGAAACAGCUGGAACAGCUGGCUCAGCUCUAUUCAACUUGUAUAGCAGAAAAUCUGGUUCCAAAUAUUUUCCUGGAGCUCUUCUUUGUCCUGCAGCUGCUAACAUCCAAGGGCACAACUUCUUCGGAAGAUGGUGAGAAUGACCUGGAAUUCAAUCAAGGAUGUAAAGAUGCAGUACAUCGGCAGCAUUUUCGAAAUGUACACAACUGUGUUUAUUUUGCUGUGCAGGUCUUGGAUUGUCAGUUUGAAAUUAUUUCUCGUUUAGAAAAGGGGACAUUGAAACUUUUGGCUGAGAAUGAGCGGAUUGCAUCCUUUUCCCCUGGCUUGCAUGCAAGGCUUAUGAAAGCUUAUGAAAGCAGCACAGCCAAGGUGUCCCUCCUGCUGCCUUCGUCUGUCCAGUCCGUUUCUUUCCAGCCAGAAACGGACAAUCGUUCUAACUUUCCAAGUGACAGGGCUUUUCAUAUAUUUAAGAAGCAAAGGGACAUCUUUUAUGAAUUGUUGCGCGAGUGGGAAGAUAACCAUGAAAAACCAGGCUGGGACUUUGAAAGAGUUCUGGGCAACAGGAUCAGGGCUAUGAUGAAUCACCUCACAGCAGCCUAUAAUCACAGCCACUUUGCCAGGCUCUUUCAGAAACAGCUUAUCCAGAUGUGUAAAGGUCCUAUUGGUGGCACAAGUUGGGGAGAUACCCCAGACCAGGAUGUCCUUAAUAUGCUGGGUUCCGAUAACCUGAGCCGGCUGAAGAGGCUACAGGAGAGAUUUGUCGUUCCUCAGAGCAUCAGAGGGCCCUGCCCGCCCCCUGCCUUCCCAGGGUGCCAGCAGUUCUUCAGGGACUUCAUUCUCAGUGCAGGAAGCUACCAGUUCAACCAGCACCUGAUGGAUAGCCUGUGUCUAAAGAUACUCGAGCUGGAUGGCCUUACUUUGGUAGAGCAUGAACCUAGUGAUGGGGAGGCAGAUAUGGAUGAACAGGAUGAAAAAAAGCGUUUCACUGCAGCCCUGAUGACUCUCCGGCUCCUGGCAAAAUUUCUAGGAUUUCUUGUUUUCCUGCCAUACCAAACAGUGGAACCACCGAGCAGAGACUUGCAGGAGUCUGCAGUGGCAUUAAGGAACCAAACCCUGCCUGUAUUGGAUGUAUUGAAGCUCCUGAGACGAUCUAUCUUGAACCGACGUACUAUCCUUACCGUUCCUUGGAUUGUAGAGUUCCUCUCCCUUGUGGACCAUUUUGCUCCAUUCCUUGACUACUACAGGAGGGUAUUUUCCCUCUUGCUGCAGCUGUACAGAUGCCUGGUUCUUUCUGAAGAUAAGGAGAUGAGUUUCCUAAACAAGCUACUGAUACUUGCAGUGCUGGGCUGGCUUUUUCAGGUCCCCUCAGUCCCAGAGGAGUUGUUCUUCACCAGUGAAGUCAAACAGGAGGGGUUGAUGAGGGACACUAUGACAUCUGCUCAGGCUUUGGAUUCUGUGCCUUUGGUGGAUCAGCAGUUACUUUAUACCUGCUGUCCCUUCCUUGGUGAACUACGGAAGCUGCUGGCUUCCUUUGUGGCUGGCAGUGGAGCUAAGAAUGGUGGCUUUAUAAGGAAAAUAACCCCAACUGCUGCAGAGUCCUUGGCACCUAAACCUUGUGUCACACAGCAGAAAUUGCAGGAGGAGCUGGAGCAGGCCUUCUUCCACAACCAGCCUCCAUCUCUGCGGAGAACAGUGGAAUUUGUGGCAGAGAGGGUGGGAUCCAACUGUGUUAAGCACAUCAAGGCAACGCUAGUAGCAGAGCUGGUCAAAAGGGCAGAGGUCAUGCUGCAGGAUAAGGUAAAGGAAGAGGAUGCUAAUCAUAGCAAACUGCUGGACGAGGUGUGUGCUCAGCUGUACGAGGAAGGGGCGCAGGCUCUCCACAAAGGCAGAGAAUUUUGCAGGUUGAAAGGGCCUGAGGCUGUGAGAGUGCUGCUGCCAGAAGAGACGUCAGCAGCAGUUUUGAACAGUGCAGAGGACAUUGCGGUGGGAUUGGCUACUGAGAAGGCCUGCACCUGGCUGUCAACCAACAUCACAGCACUGAUCAAAAGAGAAGUGAGAACUACCUUUAAUCGGAUGUUGAGAGUCCAGGGGUCUUCCUUACCCAGUGAGGACGCACAGGGGGAGAGGAAAGGUUGUCCCCCCAACUGCCAGCACCAUGCUCCGUUCCCCUCUCAGAUCAUCAAUGAGAUCAAAGACGUGCUCUGUAUUGCUGUGGGACCCAGGGAUGAAGAUGAAGGAAUUCCCUAUGUCCAGCUGGAGUGCUUGCUGAAAAGACUGAGCCAAACGCUUCAGUGCAGAAAGUUCAUGUGUCCUACAUCGGAGCAGCAGCUGGCUAGGUGCACUGUAGAGUUGGCAUCUCUCCUAGUUUCAGAUCGUGUUCCUAUCCAGGGCCUUAAGCCUCAGACCCAGAAGAAACCUGAAAGACAACGAGGGAAGAAGAAUGCUAUCUACGGCCUUCUGAAAUCGCUGCUGUCGGUUUGGAAGGAAGACUUUUGGACACCUGUUCCUGUUCAGCUGAUGUUCAGCAGGAAGAAUGUCGGCUACAUUGCAGAAGUCGAGCGACAUGAGUGGGAUUUGUUCCUGUUUAUGCUUCGUGGUCUUGUUGACCAUGAUCUGAUGGGAAAUGCAGAGAUAGAGAGCUGCUUGCAUAGCCUCCAAGAACUUCUCUGGUCCUCAGAUUUCUUGGAAGAAUUGGAAACUAUCUCUAGAAUAUUUAUAUCCGAGUAUCAUGUUGCAGAACCAAGGACUAGGCCUUGUGAAUUGGUGAGACAACCAAGAGGUACUGUGGCAGCACAAAGCUAGUGCAGAUAAUCUCUGUAUGGAUUAAGGAACUGAGGCGAACUCGACAUGUGGCAUUCGAUAAUGCUGCUGAGUCCAUGCAGUAAGCCCCUUGCUUGGAUCACAAUGCAUUGAAAGGUUACUUGUGCAAAAACUGCAUCAAACUUUCCCUUGAAGGAGGGUCACUAGGUGUGACAGGAACACACAUCCCUCAAAAGAUUUGGAGGGGUUUACAUCUGCAAAUGGAAAAGCUUCUAAGAGUUGCUCUCUAAGUUUGGAACUCUUAAGAACCUGACCGUGGUUCACAGCUGAUGAUCUACGCUUGUAGUGGAAACACAUCUCGUACUCCUGCAGCAAGAGGCUCUGACCAGAGUCUGGAAUCCAUUCUCAUGCACAAAAUCUGCUACGUUGCUGGAGGGAUUUCUGGUGGUUUCCCAAGGUGCCAUCUCUUAUCUUAACUUAGUGUGAUUUCUUAUAGACUCUCUUAGAAAAUACGCUGUGCCACCAGGAGAGGGAAUAAGUCAAACUAUAGCCCAAGGAGAUGAACGGAUAUUUAUUUUUCACCAUGAGCUCAAGCUUGAAGGUUUGUUUUUUAAAUUUUUUAAGACUCAUUUUAAAAGUAAAAUCACAAAAAAAAAAUAUUUUGGAGCAUUGGAUCAGAUAUUAUUUUAAAGGACAUUCAUGCUUAUGUUUGUGUCUCACUUAACAAAAGCAGCACUUGUAUUUCAUGUUUUUUAUAGAAUUGAGGGGGAGAUUAUCUGGUUAUCUUUUUUACUGGGGAGAUCUGACAGUAUUUUAAGAGGCAUUGUUUUUGUAGUGUGAGCAUAAAUGCCAUGUAUCUGUUACUCACUGUCUUUAAAAUCCUUAUUGCCUUGAGUUUGGGGUUCUUCCAUAGAAAUACUUGUGUGUCAUAAGCUCAGACUAGAGUAACUAGAUUGAAAAUGUAACGGAACUCCCAUGAAGUAGCAUCACUAGGCUGUUGGAAGGAAGCAGUCCUAUUCAUGGCAUGUCCAUCCUCACGGAUCCACCUUAAAAGGGGAACUGCCAGUAUCUUAAAAUACAAUGUUCCAAGUGUUGAGUGACUAAUAUAUUGCUAAAAUCCAGUCCCCAUCAGAGAGUUUGCAUAGGAUUUGCCUCCCUGUAUAAGGAAGGAUUUUUUUUCUUUUGCCUAACAGGUUGAUGGACUGUCUUUUUUCCUCACUAAAUACAGGUUAUUCAAAAGUAAAUAUUGUGUUACAUAAGCAAGACAGCUAGACAAGGUGAAUCCUAGGCUGUUUGCUAAUGGCCAAUGGCCAUUUCUAUUGCUAAUUAACCUAUCUCUUGCUGGUAUGGGUAGGAAUUCCUGAGGUAGAAAAUAAAAUGUCAAGGAGUUAAAUUGUUUUUUAAAAAUCAGAGUAACUACAUAAAUCUGGCUACUACUAAAUCCUAUUGGACAGAGAGAAAAUGAGGGAAACCAAAGAGGACAAUGUGCAUCUUGCAACUUUUUUGGAUAGUUUUGUCACCUACUCAGACUGGUAGGUGCUGGAUUGAAGGAGACUGCAGAUCCCAGGUAUCUAUCUUUUCAGUGUUUUUUGUUUGCUGUCAUCGUGCUCAGGUUGAUGUUCAGUAAUAACAUUAUCAUGUGAACAAAGUGUGUGGACAGGAACAGCUGCCGCAGUAUGAACUGAAAGAACAGGUGUGCUUCAUGCUACAGCACGCUCGCUCUUCAGGGCUCAGUAUAACAGGACCAUUUCACUGUUGAUAUCUCAGUGAAGCUGCCAGAUUUGCUAUAAUAAACAGAUUAUCAAAAUGCAGCCCUGUUUUGUGUCUGAACUGUAAGUAUAUAAAGCUAGAAGUGCACAGAGUUGCUCAUUGUUUUUUUUUAAACUGGUGCAAACUAAAGCACACAAGGAUGCCCAUCUCUAAGAAGCAUGGCUGGGGAGCUGCACUCAUCCUGUAAACACUCUGCAAAGCUUUUGUUGCAAUAGUGAAGUUGCUGGGUCUCUUUCAGCCAACUCAGGUGUAACACUGACUUUGCCAACACAUUGUCCCUGCGCUGGCUGGUGAGUUGUGUUGUUCACAUUACUUGUAAUCAGUUUUUUAUUAUUAACUUUCCCCAGCCCAAAACUGUUGGGCUGCACCUUUCUUCCUUGCCCUUUAGCCUUUGAUUUUUAAAGUUUCUUUUGGGGCAAUAACAAGCAACAUCUCUUUUUCCAUCUCUCCUCCCAUCUCUCCUCUGUUUUAUCUAGGCUCCUCCUGGGUAAGUCCACAAGUCAUUUUACAGUCAGUAUAACUGCAACAGAGCCUGCAUUCAUAUGAAGAUAAACUUAAGGAGCUGCAUGGUUCAUUUCCCAGACAGAUGGUUCCAGUCAAUUUUAGACAGGAGGACAUGAGUGUCAUUGCAGUAUUGGAUGCUCUCUGGAGUGCCAGGCUCCUCAACUUCCUUCAUCCUCUCUCCAAACUCCAGGAAUAAGAAAACAUUAAGCCAUUCUGAUGGAGCUAAUGGCAAUAAAAACUGUCCCAGGAAAGAGAUUCAGGGCACUGCUCUACUUUCUUCCUAGUGAGAGAAGGGUUAGGAGGAGACUGGGCCAUCCUAGACUUCAAAAAGAUCUCUCCAUAAUCUCUCCAGGAGACCUUUUCCACUGUUGGACCAGGAAGAGGUUUAUCUGCAUAAUCCCAUCAGAUGCUGUCAUUGGCAGUUUCUCUGGUUUGCCUGCAACAAUUGCUCCUGUCAGUACAAAAUGCUUCUCUUUUAUCUGUUAAUCCACAGGGCAUUGACAAAGCUACCGGCCUGGGUGAGGAGUCUAGGAAUUUAAUUAUACCUGUUCUUAGACUCCAUGCUAAUCAGGGCAUGAUCUUCGGAUACCUCCUAAGAAUGGUCCUACUGGUCAGACCAAGGAUCCAUCUAGCCCAGUAUCCUGUUUUCUGACAGUGGCUAGUGCCAGGUACCCCAGAGGGAAUGAACAAAACAGGGAAUCAUCAAGUGAUCCAUCCCCUGUUGCCCAUUCUCAGCUUCUGGCAAACAGAGAGAGACUACAAGAUCAAGAAACUGAGAUGUGUCAGUACCUGGCAUCAGUCCAUCUUUGUCUAUUCCUUCCAGUUGUUCUUGUCCUGUGUGAGAGUCUGCACAUGAGAGAGAACUUUGGAGGUUCCUCUGAUAGGCCUUGGCCUUUGAGGCAUCCUUAACAAGACAUGGAAAGGAAAGGAAAGUUUACCAUCCACUGAUUCAUUCCCUCAGUUGGUGGAAACAAGAACCCUAUGUGAUGGAAGGAUUCUUGCUCCACAUUCCUGAACACAGCUACACCAAUGCCAGCCUUUCAAGGUGGGGAGCCCACUUGGGGCACCACAAUACACAGGCGAUGCUAAAGGCCCAAAAAGGCUCCAGAACAUCAGCUUUCUAGAGAUGAGUGGUCACACUGGCUCUGCUGGACAUAUAGAACACAAUAACCUUGGUAUAUAUAAAGUGAGAAAGGAGCAUAAGGAGGUGAAGUCUAAAUAUCACUGUAGUCCAGGUGUUUUCCUGAGCACAAGGUCAUAUUGCCUCCAUUGUGGCCAUCCACCUAAUGAAGCUGCUGAACAUAACAGUAGGCUAGGUAAAUUGUCAGCACCUAUGGCCCCGAACCUAUAAAUGCUCCAGCUGAUAUCCAAGGAGCUAGGCCACCUUAGAUGGGACCUAUUCAUGUUCAGGUGAAAUGUCAAGGUGAAAAGCUUACCUCAUCAGGCAAAGACCAAUGGGAUUAGAUGCUGUGGAGUUCACAGAUGGCCAUAUCAGCUUCUCCAUGCUUUUCUCUCCAUUUCCACUACUGGGAAGAAUUAUGAAAAGAUGAUAGAAGAACUGUUCCUCUCAUUCCAGAUUCCUAAGCCAUGAUAUUUACAGCUAUUGGACCUGACCCAAAUCCCUCCGCUCCGUUUUCCCAGCAGGUAGGAUUUUCUGGCCCAGAACCUGUUCCUGAGUCCCAGUCCAGAUUACCUGAGUUUGACAUCAGCUCUUGAGUGGCAAAUCCUAAACAAGAAAGAAUAUCCCUCUAAAGGGCGUCCCCUGCUUUUCACAGGCCUUUCGCUGCAUUAGCCUAUAUAAGAGUAUAGACACGAUUCCUUUAAUGGUGUCCAACUACAAGGAUCAAAGACCCAGGAAACCAGGUCUUCUGGAUAUCUUUCAGGAUAGCCUAGAUGUUGGUGUAAGGCCUCCCACCAUCUCAUCUUGUCAGCACUAAACAGUGUUACAACCUCAGGCUCCCUUAGUGGUAUUGAGGUUCCUUUGGGCAGCACUUCUAUUCAAACUAACAGCCAGGCCUGCCUUUUCCCUACCUGGGUUUUACAGCAGAUUUUCAUGGCUCAAUCUGAUCAAUUUUUUCUGUUGAAGACCUGCUUCCUGUUUGCAGUCCUGUCAGCAAGAAGGGUCCAUGAAACUACAAGGACAAGUUAAUUCUUCCUUCAUUCUGGCCAAAACUUCAUCCUCUGAAAGCAUCAGGGUGCAUGCUUCGUCCGAGAAAAGUAUUUACUUGAGUGUUGCACACUUGUAGCUUGUGUAGAUAAUUUAUUCCACAUACCAGGAACUCCUUGCAUCCCUACAAGCACCGUGUGCGCCAGCACCUUAUCCCCUUCUAUUUCAGGAACUUCCUGCAACUCCCCCACUCUCAGGGCUUUUGUGUGCCCAUUACCCCCUCCUCUGUGUGAGGGUUGGUCCCCCUUAAUCCCAACAACCACCACUGUCACCAUCAAUGACUACUACUUACUUUAGGGAUGGGGCAGAUUUUCUCUCCUGUCCUGCAUCUUCCCCUCCCCACCAUCAUUCUUCAUGUUCCAAUGGCCUCUGCAAAACGUCCUUAUUUCUUUUCUGGGACUGAUUUCACCCUCCCUGCCCAAGGUACAUUCUUUGGGUACCUAUACCAUGGCUUCUUGAGAGUCUGUGUAUAUAGCUAUCAUACUUUGUAUUUUUCAGGAAUUUAUGUAAAACUGUGUUCCUAUACAGUUUUAGAAGCUGUUAUGAGGAGGCGCCAAGCCUUAUGAAGAAGUUGAAGUGCAUCCGGUAUUUGCAGGAAGACAGGCACAGCCUAAUUGUCUCUGACUGGCCUGGCCUAGAAAAGAAAUAAUCAGGUAACAGACUUUCAAUUUUCAGUCUGCUCUCUAGUGGGGUACAUCUAGUUCUUCUGUAGCUUAAGAUUAAAUAAAUCACCCAUUGAGCAUUAUGUUGAAAGCAGGGCCCUCAUCUUCAGUGUUGUAAUAGAACCUCAAUUACAAACAUCCUGGGACUGGAGGCUGUUUGUUCAGUUGUAAACUUUUGAAAGAACAUUUCAGAGUUACAGUGACUUAAACUUACUAUGCAGAAGGAAAACGCUGCUUUUUAACUACCUUAAUUGAAACGAAACCAGUACAGAAACAGUUCCUGUACCUUUUCAAAUCUUUUUUUAAAGGGAAAGUUUUUUUUAGUAGCUUACAUUUAAUAGUACUGCACUGUAUUUCCUCCUUUUGGGAGGGAAAGGGGAGUGUCUCUGCUAAUGCCUGAUUGCAUACUUCUGGUUCCCAAUGAAGUGUGGUUGACUGGUCUGUUCAUAAAUCUGGUGUUCUACUCAAAUGAAUCCAUCUGGAGUGAGUUACCAUAGGAUGGGGGGGAAAGGGAAGAGAGUGUAUGCUUCUCUUGGGAGGAACCCCUUCUGCCUCCUUUGAGUCUAGCUAAGCACAGGAAUGUCCUGCUCUCUCUCCCUCUCCGCUUUUCCUUACACAGGCAUUGGAGGCUCCAUGCCAGGGGUUUCAAACUCCAUUUACCUUAGGGCCAGGGCCAGUCCUCAAAUCCUCCCAGUGGGCCAAUAAUGUCACUGAAGAUGGUGUUCAGAAAAGAAAACAUUCAUAUUGUAUUUUUUAUUUCAAA